ACAUACAUGAGCUGCUUGCUUCUAUCAAAUUAUCAUGAUAUCUCAGCUGAGAAACCAGCAACAAGUCAUCUGAUAUUUCCCUAGAUCAUAGGCAAGUUUAUUGCAUCUUUGUUCAUCCAUGGCCCUUGUAAGAUCUCAAGAAGCCUCCUCUUCUGAUGCUAACUGUGGUUGUAGUUAUCACGUGUUCUUGAGCUUCAGAGGUGAAGACACUCGCAGGACUUUUACUGACCACCUUUAUACAGCCUUUGUCAAUUCAGGGCUACAAACUUUCCGAGACGACGAUGAACUUGAGAGAGGGGAAGGGAUCAAGACAGAGCUGGAGAAAGCAAUCCAACACUCACGAAGUUCUGUCAUUGUGUUCUCGAAAAACUACGCGUCUUCCAAAUGGUGCCUUGACGAACUAGUGAAGAUCCUUGAACGCAAGAGGGCCUCUAAUGAGCAUGUAAUUUUACCAGUCUUCUAUGACAUUGACCCAUCUGAGGUGAGGAAACAGACAGGAAGCUUGGCAAAAGCAUUUGCUAGACACCGACAGAACCGAUCUUUGAACAAGGACAGGAUAAGUGGAUGGAGAGCAGCACUUACAGAAGUUGCAGAUCUGGCAGGGAUGGUCUUACAAAAUGAAGCUGAUGGGCACGAGGCAAAGUUUAUUAAGAAAAUUGUUAAAGUGAUUGAAGGCAAGCUAAGUCGCACUCCCUUAAGUGUUUCCCCUUACCUGAUUGGAAUCGAUCAUCGAGUGAAAGACAUUAAUUCAUGGUUGCAAGAUGGAUCCUCCGAUGUUGGCAUAUGUGUAAUUUAUGGGAUUGGGGGAAUAGGGAAGACAACCAUUGCGCAAGUUGUUUACAAUUCAAAUUUUUCAAGAUUUGAAGGAAGAAGUUUCCUUGAAAAUAUAAGGGAAAUUUCUGAACAACCCAAUGGAUUGGUUCAAGUACAAAUGCAACUUCUUUCUGAUAUUCUGAAUGGGAGAAAAGUAAAAAUACACAAUAUUAGUGAGGGGAUCACUAAGAUUAAAGAUGUCAUAAGCUGUAAAAAAGUACUUCUUAUUCUCGAUGAUGUGGAUCAUAUGCGCCAAUUAGAUGCCAUACUUAGAAUGAAAGAUUGGUUUUGCGCAGGAAGUAAAAUCAUUAUAACAACUAGGUCUGUGGGGUUGCUAAAGGCUCAUCAAGAUGUUAAGGUGCAUAACAUUGAAACUUUAAAUCAUGUUGAAUCACUGGAGCUCUUUAGUUGGCAUGCUUUCAGACAGGACCAUCCGAUUGGAGGUUACGUGGAACUUUCAGAAAGCAUAGUAAAGCACAGUGGAGGGCUUCCUUUAGCUCUUCAAACUUUGGGUUCUUCUCUAUCAGGGCAAAGUAUAGAUGUAUGGGGAAGUGCAUUAAAGAAAUUGGAAGUUAUUCCAAAUAGUGACAUCAUGAGUAAGCUCAGAAUAAGCUACGACUCUUUACAAGAUGACCAUGACCAAAAUCUGUUUCUCCAUAUCACAUGUUUCUUUAUUGGAAAUGACAUGGAUGUUGUUGUCACAAUACUAGAUGGAUGUGAUUUCUUUACAAUUGUUGGCAUGCAAAAUCUCAUCGAUAGAUGUUUGGUAACAAUUGAUGAGUAUAAAAAGGUGAAGAUGCAUCAAAUGAUUCGUGACAUGGGAAGAGAAAUUGUUCGCCUCGAAUCAAAGCAGCCUGAGAAGCGUAGUAGAUUAUGGCAUCAUAAUGAUUCUCUAAGUGUAUUGAGAGAAAAGAAUGGUUCGAAAAAAGUUGAAGGACUUGCCCUGAACAUGCAUAUGUACCCUGUAGAAAAUCGUUCAAGAAAUUCGAAUAAGGUGGUCUUGGAAACCAUUGCAUUUACAAGGAUGGUGAAACUAGGAUUACUACAGCUUAGUGCCGUACAACUCAAUGGAGGUUAUGAAGAAUUUCCUAAAGGUUUGAGAUGGUUAUAUUGGCUUGAAUUUCCUUUAGAUUCUAUACCCUGUGAUUUUCUUUUGGAGAGCUUGGUUGUUCUUGAAAUGCACUACAGUAGCUUAAGAAAAAUCUGGAAGGGAACAAAGAGUCUUCCAUCUUUAAAGAUCCUUGAUCUCAGCUAUUCCCGUCACCUCAUCGAAACUGGGGAUUUCUCUUUGGUCACCAAUCUAGAGAGGUUGAUUCUUAAUAAAUGCAGGAGCUUGGUUGAUGUCCAUGAAUCCAUUGGAAACCUGGAGAAACUUGUUUACUUGAAUAUGAAAGAUUGCGAAAAUAUUAGAAAGCUUCCAAAGAGCAUUUCUAUGCUAACAUCACUUGAAACACUUAUUAUAUCUGGUUGCUCAAGUCUUAAUGAGUUCCCAAUGGAGAUGGGGAAAAUGGAAUCUUUAAAAGUGCUUCAAGCAGAUGGGAUUCCGAUAGAUCAAUUACACACUUCCACUUUACCCUGCAAUUUAGUUGUUUUAAGUCUAACAAACUGUAAUCUCUCUGAUGAUGCUUUCCCAAAGGAUUUUGGUAACUUAUCCUCGUUGCAGAGCUUGGAUUUAAGUCAUAAUCCAAUUCGCAGCUUACCAGAUUGCAUCAGAGGCCUUACCGCGCUUGAUCACCUUGCAUUUUCGCAGUGUACAAGGCUCAAAUCGCUUGUAGGGCUACCACGAAUAACAGAACUUGUUACGAUCCAUUGUGAGUCGUUGGAAAGAGUUACAUUUCAAUCAAUUUCGUGCCUACCGGAAAAGUUUAUUUAUGGUUACAACUUCAAGCUAGCUGAGAUUGAGUACUGGUACAAGUUAGAACCCAUUGGAAUGGGACUGCAUGAAUAUGGUAUAUUCAGCACAUUUCUUCCUGGAGAUGAGGUUCCAGGACAGUUCAGUGACAGAAGUGAAGGAUCCUCAGUAUCUUUUACUGUGCCUCCUUUACUUCCCAAUAUUCGGAUUCGAGGCUUGAACAUCUUCACUGUUUACACAGAGUGUUACAACGGUUAUUCCUCCUCUAGCAUACCUAAUCCACUACUUAUCAGAGUCUGUAAUAAGACAAAGGGUCUGAAGUGGAUCUAUACACCAUCAUGCCAUGGCGUUCCAGACAACGAAAAACAAGUGAUGUGGUUAAGUCAUUGGAAGUUGGGGAGUGGAUUGGAAGGCGGCAAUGAAGUUACUGUUUCAGUGUUUACGAAACCUUUGUUUCGUGUGAAAGAAUGCGGCAUCCAGCUUGUGCAUGAGCAAGAAGACGAGAUGAGUACCCAACACAACACUAUAGUUCCUAGUUAUGCAUCUGCCAUUGGUCGGGAUUUGUCAGAAUUUAUUCCAGGAACAUACUACCUAGGGGGUGGACCUUUUCUCAGACUAACUAGAGAAGAUGUUUUGGGUUGGAAAAAGGAAGUUUGGUUCAAUGACAUCUCUGGAGACUCUGAAGAAGAAACAGACAAAGAAGAAAUACAGCAGGGUGACAAGCCGCUUGCACUGGUAGCAGCAGCCGAAACAUUAGUAGAAGCAGAGAGGGCAAGCAGAGGCAACAAGAUUCUCAUUAUGACUGCAGUCUUCUUUCUCUUCCUUUCUCUAAUCUCUUUGCCUUAUCUCUCUUUCCUGUCAAAGUACUUUAUCUGAAUAGGCGAUCAAUCUUGGUGGGGGGUUUAUUUGUUUGUAUGUUUUUGUUAAUUAUCUGCUGAUAAAUUGGCUUAUGAGAGUUUAUCUGCCUUGAUCAUGCCCUUCUUGUCAUACAUUUCAAUGAACAACCCAACUCAGUUUUGAAAACCACCCAAUUUCAAGACAGAAAGCAGAUUGCAACAACCCCAUAUCUCAUGCAGGACAAAAAUCAGACAGAGAAGAACUUAUAAGCCCUUACAAGUUACAACCAGAAAAGAAAAAAAGA